AUGGAAGAACUUGGACAGAAUCCAUUGGAUGAUGGGCACAAGAUGAUGGAAAUACCAAACUUAGAAAUGACAAAGCAGAAUCUUGACUACCUGAACUCAGUCCUUGAAAAGGACCUGCUGAGACUGGAUGAGGCAAAUCAGGUUCUUCUUAGACAAAUUCAGGAGAAAGAAGAAACUAUUCAAAGUCUGGAAAGAGAUAUCACCCUGUCAAUAGGACAAGCCAAAGAGAGGGAGGAGUUAAACCAGAUCAUAUUUGAGAAGGAGGAUACCCUGAGGAACCUGGAACUAGAGUCAGCAAAGCUGGAAAAAACGAAUAAGAUCCUCAGCAACAAUGUGAUGGAGCUUCAGAACAAGAUUUCAAGAUUUAAGAAUGUUGAGUUUGAUAACAGUGCCCAAAACCAGAUUUUAGAAGAAUUGAAGGUGAGACUGCAGAAGUCAUCAGAGUCCUGUGCAGAGCAGGAGAAAGAAAUGAUUAAGCUAGAGAGUGACUACCAAUCUGUGUAUCAGCUCUGCAAGGACCAGGCCCACUACAUAAAGAAAUACCAGGAAAUUCUGAGGAAGAUGGAAAAGGAAGAAGAAAUGCUGUUGCUUGAAAAAGAAAUAUCCAAAGCCCAGAAAAACUCUUCCCAAAUAGUGAAGCCUGGGUCAAUUCUAGUAGAGACCAUCCAAAGCAACAUGGAGAAAGCCAUCAAAAAGAAACACAAGAGGAUCUUUUGGUACAGGCAUUUCCGUGGUUUUGUCUUCAUGGUCAUGAUCUUCAUUAGGCUGCUGGGUUAUGUGUUUUUCCACCUGCAGUACAUAAACCCAGACCUUCUUGUGGAUGCCCUGCCCCUGAUGAUGAGUAGGAGCAGUUUGAAGAGGCUAAGGGAUAUCUUAUUUCCCUUCCUCACUCUAGAAGUGGAUGAAGUUCUACCGCACUAA